GAGGUCUCCGCUUCCUCUGCUCAUUGCGCCCACCACGGUCGCCGCCUUCCUGGCCGUCUCCGGCGGCUCGCCCACUCGCAGGAAGCUCGGAGGCUCGCCGCGGUGGAGGCCAGAAGGAAGGAGAUGAGGGCCGUGGUGCAGCGUGUCCUCUCGGCCAGCGUCGAGGUGGAAGGGAAAGUGGUGUCGGCGAUCGGCCCGGGCCUUCUCGUCCUCGUCGGCGUUCACGAGGCUGACACCAGCUCCGACGCCGACUACAUCUGUCGGAAGGUCCUGAAUAUGAGGCUGUUUACUAAUGAGAAGACUGGAAAAGCAUGGGAUCAGAGUGUUAUGCAGCGGAACUUUGAAAUCCUGUUAGGUAAUACAAUGCAACUUGCCAUCUCUACUUCCGAUUCUGGUAACAAGCCAGAUUUCCAUGUGGCGAUGCCACCUGCGAAAGCAAAACCUUUCUACGCUUCUUUGGUUGAGAAGUUUCAAAAGUCAUACAAAGCCGAUUCAGUUAAAGAUGGCAUUUUUGGAGCAAUGAUGAAGGUUUCGUUGGUAAAUGAUGGCCCUGUAACAAUGCAAGUUGACUCACCCUCACUGCAAGGCUCUGGUCAGUCAAGUAAUGGUGAUGCUGGUUUGGUAAAAGACGGCGAAGCAGCAGUACCCAGUGAGACUCGUUAAAUCCCUAUUGCUGUUCCUGCAGCAUCCCGCUUGGUUUUGGUGAACAUUUGAAUUAUAUGGCUUCAUGGUAGAAUUUUCAGUUUCUUUUUGGUGUUGUAGCAGAAGGAAGCCUAAUGUUCUGUUCCUUUCAGAAAUAUCAAAUGUCACUUGCGUCUCCAUCCAAGUGUUGAUACCAAAUAUUUGACACAUUUAUUUCUGUCAUCUUGAAUGAACAAUGACCCUCAGUUUGAUCCAA